AUGGGGACUGCCCGACAGCCACGCCAGUCUAUUGGUCAAGGGGAGGGUAUGAAGCGCAGAUCAGAUCCUGUGGCUCUUGCUACCAGAUUUGCGCCACUGGAUAACGAGGAUGAUAUGGUGGUAGUAGAGGACGCGCAACCUGGGGAAGCAGGGAACAUGGGGGAUGUUGAGGGGCCGGGACACGCAGCGGGUACCAAUGCUGAUGACAGGGCAAGCGGCCAAGGCAUCCGAUCUUUGACCACAGGCGGCGACAGAAGUAGGAGGCCGAACGUAGUGGUGUCAGAAAAGCAAAUCGCCAAUACGCCGCCGGUGUCGCAAGGGACUAAAUCGGGUGCAGUGGUCUUGGUGGCCAGAGCAGGCCGGGAAAACAGCGGGAGGUCAAGGCGGGCAACGGAGGAGGACGAGCACGUUGUGGUCCGAGGCGAGAAAGGGGGACUGGUGAUAAGUUCUUCUCGGGUGUCUGUGGGUGACACUGAUGGCGAUGUACCGUCACCAGUGUGGCAACCUACAAAGGAACACCAUAGUGACCCGCCGGGAAGCUUCGACGAUGAGGGGGAUGCAGUUAUGGAUCUGGAGGUUGAUCCAGCGCAGCAUGAGAAUGGAGGUAACGGGGGGCAGUUAUGGAUCUGGAGGUUGAUCCAGCGCAGAAUGAGAAUGAAGGUAACGGGGGAACUCAAUGAGCACCCUCGCUUGUGUUUUCUUUUAUGGUUUGUUUGUUUUCGGGGUGCGGGUGGCAAGCCGUUCCUGCGCGCCCUUAAGCAUUUUCUUAGGACGCACCGUCCUUUCAUUUUGGGCCUUUUCGAGCCCAAAGUAUCAGGUGCCCAAGCUAACGCCAUUUGCAUGAAGUUGGGUUUCUCGGACUGUGUCCGGGUAGAAGCUGUUGGCUUUAGUGGUGGCAUCUGGGUUUUCUGGAAAGACCCGAUGCAGAUAACGGUAGAUGUGCAAAACCAACCACCUGGAUUCUUAGCACCGAUCUACGGUAGGCCCGCCCACCACUUAAGACGGCGGUUAUGGAAGGACCUCCGGCAGUCGGCACACGGCAUUCAUGGGCCAUGCCUCAUCGCCGGGGAUUUCAACACGGUUCUGAACAGGGAGGAGACAAACAACUACAGUUCUUUUUCUUCCCAUCGGAGUUCUGACUUUGCUAAUUGGAUACAAGAUGAGGGCCUCAUUGACGUGGGCUUCUCGGGGCCCAAUCUUACUUGGGUCAAAGACGGGACCAGCGAAGCAUUAAAAGGGGCCCGGCUCGAUCGUGCUCUGUGCAACAUGGAUUGGCGUAUUCAGUUCCCAGAUGCGUGUGUUACCCACCUAGCGCGUUUAGCAUCUGAUCAUGCGCCCUUUGUUUCUACAGACCUGCAUGGGAUAGUUGAACGAGCUUGGAAACCUACUCUCAGUGCGGUGGAAAAUGCGCUCCACCUGGCUGCCGAACUGGCAGUUUGGAACAGGGAUUCUUUUGGAUGUGUCUUUAAGCGAAAAUGGUCCAUCAUGGCCCAGAUACAAGGUCUUCAGAGGGCCAUGGCUAUUAACUACCACAGUGGAAUGGUGAAGUUGGAUACGAAGCUCAGAGAAGAAAUGGAAGAUGUCCUCCACCGUAACACGGCCUUCUAUCACGCAGCUGCGACGAUUCGCAAGUCCCGGAAUGUUGUGCACAGGCUGGCGGACGAUAACAGCGAGUGGAUUUCGAAAGACACGGGGAUUCGGGAUCACAUUCGUAAUUUCUUUAUCCAGCUCUUCUCUUAUGCAGGUGAUAGGGACCCCAUGGAACAGAUGUUUGCGAGUUUCCCGCGAAUAAGGACCAGGAACUGGGCGUGUUUUAACCGACAGGUCUCCAAGGAGGAGGUUCAUAAAGCCCUGAAGGACAUGCAGCCUUUUAAAGCACCAGGUCCAGACGGGUUUCAGGCGGGCUUCUACCAGCAAAUGUGGGACACAACCGAUGAUAGCAUUUUUUGUUUGGUUAAAGAGGCUUUCGCAACGGGCAACCUACCUGCUGGCCUAAAUGAUACUCUUAUCGUUCUAAUCCCAAAGGCUCAAGAUCAUCCUACCAAGAUCGUAGGACCGUUUCAGAGUUCUUUUGUACCUGGCCGCCAGAUUUCAGAUAACGUGCUCAUUUUCCAAGAAGUUAUGCACUCAAUGCGUGACAAACGUGGUACGAAGGGGUUCAUGGAAAUCAAGCUGGACCUUGAGAAAGCCUAUGACCUUCUGUCUUGGAACUUCAUUCAGGAUACUCUGGAGCAUGUCGGGUUUACGGCUAACUUAAAGAAUCUCAUGAUGUCCUGCAUUCGAACCUCGAGGUUUUCGCUUAUUUGGAAUGGGGAGCGGUUGGAGUAUUUUUGCGGGGAGUGGGGCAUCAGACAAGGGGAUGCUAUGUCGCCAGCCAUUUUCGUUUUGUGCAUGGAGCGGCUAAGUCAACUUAUCGACUCCAAGGCUAAGGACCGCACCUGGAAAGGUAUUCAACUUGUGCCAAAUGGACCUAUUCUAACCCAUCUUUGUUUUGUAGAUGAUAUGAUCCUCUUCAUGGAAGCGACUCACGAUCAGGUGGAGGUAGUGAAAGAUUGUCUAGAGUGUUUUUGUAAAGCCUCCGGUCAAAGGGUCAGCCUGGGUAUGUCUCAAGUUUUCUUCUCGAAAAGCACAGAUCAAGGCUUAGCGGAUGAGAUAGUCAACAGGUUAAACAUUGAGCGAACAAACGACUUGGGGAAAUACCUGGGAGUACCAGCUUUACAUGGAAGGGAUUUCGUCACUUCGCCAAAAGAUGUUUGCGGCUUGGGUGGGAAACGAUUGACUGAGAUGAAUGUGGUGUGCAUGGCAAAGCUUGGAUGGAGGCUUAAGACGGAGCCAAACAGCCUCUGGGCACAAACCAUCAACACGAAAUACAGGAUACUAGGAAAGGGCUUAGGGAACUCGCCAGGGAGGAAGAACGUUUCUAAUGUUUGGCGGGGAAUUGCUGUAGCUUGGGGGACUAUGGAGGAGGGUCUAACUCGCAUUGUUCGAAGUGGCAGAGAAACGCAAUUUUGGAUGGAUAAAAGGCUCUCCCCGGAGCCUCUCUAUGCGAAGCUACAAACCCCUCUUGCUCUGGGAUGA